CGAACGAAGACAGGGUAGAGUGUGGAGAUGCUGCGGGUGGCAGCGCGGGUAUGUGGCCUACCAGGGCGGCAUGCGGUGGUGGUGGGGAGCAAGACGGCGGGAGGGCUGGGAGUGUGGUACGGCGGGCGCUGCAUGGGGUCUGGCAGUAGCCCACGCGGCGGCGAUGACGGAGAGGGCAAGGCAAGGAGCUCAAGUGGUGACGGGAGUGUCGAGAGUGUGGCCGGUCCGGAGCACGUGCUGGAGAGCAAGGUCAUCGAGGCGGAGGGUUCAAACUGGAACAUUCCCAACGCGCUGUGCGUGGGCAGGAUGGUGGCAACGCCCGUCAUCGCGGCGGCGCUGGUCCAGGGUCACCCGCAGACGGCGUUCUGGAUGUUUGCCGCCGCUGGUGUGUCUGACUGGGCCGAUGGCAAGAUUGCGGUUCAUUUUAAGCAAAAGACGGUGUUGGGCUCGUUUCUGGAUCCGGCGGCGGACAAGAUCAUGGUGAUGGGCAUGUCGCUGGCGAUGGGCGCUGCUGAGCUGCUCCCGUGGUGGCUCGUCGCCUCGUUUGUGGUCCGCGACGUCGGCCUCCUUGCGGGCGCGUUUUACCUGCGGGCGCGCUCGCUCGGUGACACGCUGACAGUUCGGGCGCUGUUCAACGUCAGCGGCUUCAAAUCGCUCGAGAUUACGCCGUCGCGGCUGUCCAAGUUCAACACCUUUGGCCAGAUCUCGGUCAUCGGGCUGACGCUCAUGGACGCUGCGUUUGGCAUUGUGCCAUCACCGCUACUGGCAGCAGCGUAUCCUCUAGUGACGGCAACGACGCUUGCGUCGGGCGCCUCGUACGCUUUGACGCCGGGCAUCAAGCGUCUGGUGCGGCGGCCGCAGUGACGGGCGGUGCAUGAACCGCGCUGCCUGCGCCGGCUUUACCAGCCUCAGCACCCUCUGCAGCUGCAAGCUCGAUCCGGAGCGCGCGAGUGAGCCUUGCGAGAAUCUUGAUUCGCGCCGCGUCAACGGCGGCGGCGGCCGACGCAUUGCGGAGCUUGGCCAGCAGGGAGUCGACCUGGGACCGUAGUUCGUCGUUUUCGGCGGCGAAAGCGUCCAUCGACGCGCGGGAGGCGGCCUGGAUGUCGUCACGCUGGCGGCGUGCAUCCUCUGCUGCUGCGUAUGCGUGCUCGACCUGGGCCUGCAGCGCCGAAGCCGCCGCUGCCGCAGCGGCGGCGUCCUGGGCUGGGGCCUGCUCGUGGGCGAGCUUCUCGUAUCGAGCACGUGUGGUGUCGGGUGCCUCCUUCCACCGCUUGCCAAUGACCUUGAGCACGUCUGUCAGCGGAGCGUCCGGCAUCAAUCUGCGGACGUCUGCACGAGCAUCGCGAGUAAACAGCGCAAAGGCCGAGA